GCCGCAGGCGGAAGUGACGUAAGAUCGGAGGCCGCUUCCGGCAGAUCGAAACUAGGAAGAAACUUGGACCCGUCGCGACGUACGCGCCCCUCCGCCCCCUUCACCCUUCUCCUACCCUACAGGGUAGCCGAGGGUUCGGUCCGCUGUGCCCUGAGAGCCCGAGGCAUGGAGCGGCCCUGCCUAGCGGCGCUGUGAGCCGCUGUGCCUCCUUCUGGCAACUCAGGCCAGGCCGUGAGGAGGAGGGAGGCGCCGCCUGCCCGUCCUGCCCUCGCACCAUGAACAUCGACGUGGAGUUCCACAUCCGCCACAACUACCCCUGGAACAAGCUGCCGGCCAACGUCCGACAGGGUCUUGGAAAUUCACAAAGAGAAUAUGAAAAGCAAGUUGUGCUCUAUAGUAUCAGAAAUCAAUUACGAUAUAGAAAUAACUUAGUUAAGCAUGUCAAGAAGGAUGAACGCAAAUACUAUGAGGAACUAUUAAAAUACAGUCGAGAACAUCUCAUGUUGUACCCCUACCAUUUAUCAGAUAUUAUGGUAAAGGGCUUGAGGAUAACACCAUUUUCUUAUUAUACUGGAAUUAUGGAGGACAUAAUGAACAGUGAAAAAAGCUAUGAUUCAUUGCCCAAUUUUACAGCUGCUGACUGUCUAAGGCUUCUUGGCAUAGGAAGAAAUCAGUAUAUUGACCUCAUGAAUCAAUGUAGGUCAUCAAAAAAAUUUUUCAGAAGGAAAACUGCUCGUGAUCUCCUGCCAGUGAAACCUGUGGAAAUUACUAUAGAGGCAUGGUGGGUGGUUCAGGCUGGUUACAUCACAGAAGAUGACAUAAAGAUAUGCACUUUGUCUGAGAAAUGCGCUAUUGAUAAGAUCAUCGAUUCAGGUCCUCAGUUGUCUGGAUCUUUAGACUACAAUGUGGUACAUAGUUUAUAUAACAAAGGAUUUAUUUAUCUUGAUGUACCCAUAUCUGAUGACAGUUGUAUUGCAGUACCACCACUUGAAGGUUUUGUAAUGAAUCGGGUCCAAGGUGAUUAUUUUGAAACUCUACUCUACAAAAUAUUUGUUUCAAUAGAUGAGCACACUAAUGUUGCAGAGCUUGCAAAUGUCCUUGAGAUAGACUUAUCCCUAGUGAAGAAUGCGGUUUCCAUGUACUGUCGAUUAGGUUUUGCUCAUAAGAAAGGACAAGUAAUUAAUAUGGAUCAGCUUCAUUCAUCAUGGCGGAAUGUUCCUUCUGUAAACCGAUUAAAGAGUACUUUAGAUCCACAAAAGAUGCUCCUUUCAUGGGAUGGUGGGGAAAGUAGGAGUCCUGUGCAAGAAGCUUCUUCAGCAACUGAUACAGACACAAAUAGUCAAGAAGAUCCAGCCGAUACAGCCAGCAUAAGCAGCUUGAGUAUGUCUACAGGAUACACGAAGCGUAUUGCUUUUCUAUUUGAUUCGACUCUCACUGCCUUUUUAAUGAUGGGAAAUCUUUCACCAAACUUGAAAAGCCAUGCAGUCACUAUGUUUGAAGUUGGAAAACUAUCAGAUGAAUCUCUGGACAGCUUUCUUGUAGAACUUGAAAAGGUUCAGAGUACCGGGGAAGGAGAAGCACAAAGAUAUUUUGAUCAUGCACUUACUCUGAGAAACACAAUAUUGUUCUUACGACACAAUAAAGAUUUAGUUGCACAAACGGCACAGCCAGAACAACCUAAUUAUGGUUUUCCUUUGGAUCUUUUACGAUGUGAAAGCCUCCUUGGUUUGGAUCCUGCCACCUGCAGUAGAGUCUUAAACAAAAAUUAUUCUUUGCUUGUUUCCAUGGCUCCCCUCACCAAUGAAAUCCGACCCAUCAGCAGCUGUACUCCCCAGCACAUUGGACCAGCAAUUCCAGAAGUCAGUUCAGUCUGGUUUAAAUUAUACAUUUACCAUAUUACUGGGCAAGGACCACCUUCUCUCUUACUUUCCAAAGGUACAAGGCUGCGAAAACUUCCAGAUAUAUUCCAGGGUUAUGAUCGCUUAUUAAUAACUUCUUGGGGUCAUGAUCCUGGAGUAGUUCCUACUUCGAAUGUGCUCACAAUGUUGAAUGAUGCUUUAACACAUUCUGCAGUUUUAAUUCAGGGUCAUGGCAUGCAUGGAAUGGGUGAAAUCAUGCAUAUACCUUUCCCAUUUGAUGAAUUGGAACUGCAAGGAGAGUUGACUCGAGCCAAUCUGGGUGUUCAUAAAGCACUGCAAACAUUACGGGAGAAAGUGGAUUUAGAGCACCUUUGUGGCUAUGUCACCAUGUUGAAUGCUUCUAGUCGCCAUGCUGCCAGCAGAAAACUUAGUGAUGCGUCUGAUGAAAAAGGUGAACCUGAUUUGGCUUCAGGAUCUGAUGUAAAUGGAAGUACAGAAUCGUUUGAAAUGGUCAUUGAGGAGACUGUAGAUUCGACGACAAAGCAAAAUAUUGAUGUAGCUACAACAGAAGUUGAAUGGGUUCCUCUUGAGUUAUGCUUUGGAAUUCCACUAUUUAGUUCUGAAUUGAAUCGCAAAGUCUGUAGGAAAAUUGCUACACAUGGACUUUGUAGGAAAGAAAGCCUUCAAAAACUCUUACAUUCCAGUAGAAAACUCUCUCUCCACGUCCUUAAUUUUGUUCAUUCAUUCCAGGAAGGGAUUUCAACCUUGGACUUACACACUGAGGCCAGUUUUUCAAGUAUGUUUUCACAGCCUCCUUGUGCUGAAUUGGGUGUUCCACUUCCUGCGAAGAACUUAAUAUUUAAAGAUGGCAUUUUAUCUGAAUGGAAUGGACGGUCACCUUCCUCAGUACUUAUUGCAAAUGUUAAUUUGCAAUAGUUCAUACACAUACCAUUUUUGUUCACAUUUACUGCCUUUUUUUCUUUCUUACAGUUAAUUUCUAGUGCCAACCACUAAGAAGUAUACUGCUGCUGCAGAACAAUGUAUGCUAAAGUGGUAUUAAAAGUGUUUGUGUUGCAGUUUGUGGGGAAAUAUUUGCACUGUCUGGAGUCUUACUCAUUACUGCAUAUCCUGCUGCAACAGAGAGCUUUUUAGCAGUCAGCACUGUAUUUUUACCUAGAGACAAUCUGCAUUUCUUUUAUAAACCUAAGGAUACCCUUUAUGAUGAUUGUUAAAUUUAUAAGUGGUCACCACAGAUAAUUGCAAUAGUAAUUUUAUAUGUUAGUUACUCAAACAUGAAUCCUGUUUAAUUUUAUAUUUGAUUAUCUAUACUUUUUGGGGGUAAUGGAAAGAAAUUUAAUUUUUCCAAUCAAGAAGUUUCCUGGCCCUUAAAAUAGUAAAAUGCAAAAAACAACCAAAAACCUAGUAAAAUCCAGUGAUGUGUCAUGAUAUGAGGGCGGUGUUAUAAACUGUAAAAGUUGUCUUUUAAUUAUGUAUAUCAGUUGGAUGGUGUUAAAAGUAUAUAAAUGCAUAGUCAAAAAUAAUUUGAUCUUGCUUUUUACAAGGUCUUAACUCUUGAAACAUCAAGAUUCAUUGAUACCUCAUGAGAAACUUUGAAAAACAUUCUACAUAUAAGCAAUGUGGUUUUACAUAUGAAAGCUUCAUUAUCCCUAUCUUUAUUUUUAUCAGAUGUUUCUAUAAAAAGUGACCUUGUUUGGUUGUUACUAUUACUGCCCAUUUUAACUUUUUAAUUGAGUUUAAUUGAGUAACCUUCAUUUAUAAUCACAAGACUGAUUUAUAUGGAAACAGAUUUCUUAUUUACAAACCAAAGAUUGGGUGCUUUAUGUUCAAAUAAACAUCAGGGAAUAAACAUCAGGGAACUGUAAGUGUUGGCUUUUAGGGAAAAAAGUAUGAUAAAUUAUUCAACUGAAUUAACAGUUGUCCCAUUUAGACAUGGCCUUCAUCUUAUGUAAUCUAGUUUCCUGUAAGUGGGCCUGGGGUAAAAAAGAUAAAGGGAAACAGAAUGUUGUUUUAAAGUUUUUCUUGAGUUAUCAGUUCUUGUAAUAUGACAAAUAUUAACUCAUUUAAUUGGAGUACUUCAAUAAUUCACUUUUACAUUUAUCAAGUACCUUCCUUAAAGAAUUUUGGGCAGUGUUAUUGUUUAAUUUAGACUUAUCUGUAGGAUGAUUGCUUUGCCAGUUUAACAAAUGUCCUGGUAAAACUGCAUAUAUGGAAAACAUUUAAAUUUGGGGGACAGUUGUAAUGUAAAGAUUUCUGCUGAUACUUUUUUUUUCUCAUUCUAUAAGGAACAGUUACUUGUGUGUUUAAUCUGGUAAUAUAUGUCUUUCCUAAAACUGUAAUCAUAACCAUACCUUCAGUACUGUGUGCUCACAAUAUUAUUGAAAAACUUGGACCAAGAACCUGGUGCAGUGAGUUGCUGGAAAGUGUUUAUGGUAAAUGUGAUAACAUUUUGUUUUCUACUGUAGUAGGAACCAAGUGUGUGUUAAACAUAUGUAUAAAAAAAGGAAAAAAUAAUGCAUAAUAAUAGUGAAAUGAUUUGUUAAACUGUGAAUCACACUAAUUUCUCACAUAACUGUUAAUGUACAUUCCUUUUUCUGUAAAUGUAUAACUUGCAGUUUCUCAACUGAGUCCAAGUACUUAAUUUGAUCAGUGCUGCUUUUUAUUCUAACAUUUUUCUUAUCUGGUUUGUUUUUUUACUAACUGUAGUAGUUAUUUAUUCUGCAGAUAUUAGUACUUUAGGCCUACUAUGAUAUCUGCAUUAAUAAAGGAUUGAAUUUUUUUUUUGUUGGCAGUAAAUCCAGUUUUUCAUAAAUUUGUAACAAAAUAUGGGAAUGAUUUUCUGCCUUAUUUCCUUUCCAAGAGAAUGGAGGGGAAAAUGGAAUAAAAUAGUGAUCAUGCAUUUUAGGAAAAAUGAUUGAAAAAAACUUGUGUUCAACUCUGAUUUUUGGUUUCUGCCUUUAAAAGGAAAAAAGGAAUCCAUUGAUGUACAGUUUGGCAGAGCUUCCAUACUGUAAGCAUAUUCAGUGUUGUAAACAAAAAAAUGUAAAAUGCUGCUGUUUUCAGAUUGUGUUUUACAAACUUAGUUUUAUUUCAUUAUAAUUGUAUAUAUGAUCAUAAAAAAAACCAUACAUUAUCUUAUGUAAAGAUACAUCUCUUCAUUUAAAGCUGGCAAUUCAAUGAAACUUUUAAAAAAUACACUGUUACCUAAUUAAUGGGUGACUACCAAAGAGAAGGAUCAUUAAAGAUUUUUAACUCAAUUUUGUUGCUGUUUGAUAUGAUUCCAUUUGGCUUUGUUGCUUUUUAUAAUUGUCUUUUAAGUAUGACUUAAGCAGAGGUAAGACUUUGAAAACCAAAAAAGGUGGGGGAGAGGGAGAGAACCUUUUUAAAAUGGCAUAUUGAUAUUAUAGUAAGUAGAGCCAUUUAAAGUAUGCAGUAGUUCCUGCUCCUUUUAAUGUGUUCACAUAAUUUUAUGUUUAUUUUCCUUCAGGAAUAGUAUAGCUGACCUGCUCAAUACUUUUAGUUGGAAUUAUUUUAAGCAUUUAGAAUUGAGUUUUGCCAUUUUUCAUACUGCUAUAUUCCCUGAGGGCUUCAGUCUCCUUCCCCAUUCCCUCCUUGUUUAGUUUUUCAAAAACAGUUUGUAUUUAAAAGGUUUUAAAGUACCAAAAUUGUAAUUGAGUACCAUGGAUUGUUUUCUGGUAUGAUGUUGUUAAUAGUAUACAAUGAAAUGUAUAAAACCUUGUGUUCAAUUUGAUGAUUGGCACAUGUAACAUAAAUGUUUACAAUAAACUAUUACUGAUCAA